GGCUACGAGGCGCCGACCCCGAUCCAGUGCGUCGCCCUGCCGGUCGCCCUCUCCGGCCGCGACAUGAUCGGCAUCGCCGCGACGGGCUCCGGCAAGACGGCGGCGUACGCCCUCCCCCUCCUGACGCACGUGGCGCACCAGCCGCACCUUGCCAAGGGGGAGGGGCCGAUCGUCCUCGUCGUCGCGCCGACGCACGAGCUGGCCGAGCAGAUCGUGCGGCAGGUGCGCAAGCUGGGCAAGGGGGUCGGCGUGCGGUGCGCGGGUCUCUUCGGCGGCGUCUCCAAGUUCGAGCAGUUCAAGGAGCUGAAGGGUGGUGCCGAGGUUGUGGUUGGGACGCCGGGCCGGCUGCUCGAGAUCCCCUCCCCUCCCCCCCUCCCCCUCCCCCUCCCCCUCCCCCUCCCCCUCCCCCAGGUGCUCCCUUCGGAGGGUGCCAAGUGGGGUUGGCUCUCGACUCGGCUCGGCACCCUCACCGGCCGCUGCUCCCCCUAUCUCCCCCAUACCUCCCCCAUACCUCCCCCAUAUAGGCUCGGCCACCUCACCGGCCUCGGCUCGGUCCUCGUCUUCACGUCGACCAAGGCGGCCCCCCCACCCUCCCUCACCCCUCGACACUCCCCGCAAGCCACUCCUCUCCCUCCCCUCUCCACAAAGGCUCUCCCUCCCCUCUCCACAAUAAUUAUCAUUGACAGGAAUCCUCCCCCUCCCCUCGCCACAAAGGCGGGGUCCGAGGCGCUCGCCCGCCGGCUGAGCGAGCUACCUGGUUGGACCUCGGCUAGACCUCGACUCCCUCUCAUCCACGGCGACACGACGCAGGCGGAGCGGAACGAGGCGCUCUCGCGCUUCAAGCGCGGGGCAGCGCCGAUCCUCGUCGCCACCGACGUCGCCUCGCGCGGGCUCGACAUCCCCGCCAUCAAGACAGUCGUCAACUUCGAGGCGGCCAAGCGACUCGACGACCACACGCACCGCAUCGGCCGCACGGGCCGCGCCGGCGCCGAGGACGGGACCGCGUACACGCUGCUCACGCGCAAGGAGGAGGACGCCGCCCGGGCUGUCGGGCGUAGUUCAGGGAAGAACACUCCCCUCCUGUCUCUUGCAGGCGGUCGCGUACGCUGGCGUGGUCAACUGCUUGGUCGAUGGGCGGUUGGGCACGGAGUACGGAUCCUGGUCGAAGGACGCCCUGUCAUCCGCGACCGCGCUCAUCUGCAUGGUCAUGAUGUCCUUCUCACUGACGCUCUUCAAGGCGCCCGCCGCAUUGAAUUCCUCUGGCCUCUGCUCACCCGCUGCCACCCACCACAAACGUAUCCCCGGGCGCGACUCAGCCUACCGUGGUCCCCACCCACCCACAGCUGGUGA